UUUAUUAGUCUUAUGCAGGCGUAAACAUCCUAUCAAGUGGCCGCGUGCAACCUUCCACGCAUGCUUUGAGCAAUCUGCAGUAGAGAUUUGCAGCACAAGGGAGGAGACCCCGGUACGGAGUACGGAUACUGGGUGGCGUUUGGCAGGCAAAAUCGAUUGCCCAAUUGUUCGGUCCGCUGUGACGCGACCAUGUCUGCGCAAGAACCAGAGCCCCGGCGGUCAGUCCGCACCACGAAAGGCCAGCACAAGGCGCUCGAACAAUUCGACCAAGCCAUCGAAGCCCCCAAGCGGCGCGGCGGCAACAAGAAGAACAAGAAGGCGGCGCCGGAGCCCGAAGAGCCCGAAGAAGAGAUCAUCCGCUGCGUUUGCGGCGCCACCGAGCAAGAUGAGGACUCGGGCGAGCCGUGGAUCGCCUGCGACCAGUGCGGCGCCUGGCAGCACAACAUCUGCAUGGGCAUGAGCCAGUACACGGAGGAUCUGCCAAAGGAGUACUUUUGCGAAGUGUGCCGACCAGAGAACCACAAGGAGCUGCUCGCCGGCAUGGCAAAGGGCGAGAAGUUCUGGGAGACGCGCCGCAAGGCCUACGAAGAGGAGAAGGCCGAGAAGAAGAAGAAGGGCCCCAAAAAGGGAAAGAAGCGCACUAGCGACUCUAAGGAGGACGCCUCCCAGAAAUCGAAGCAGUCGCCGCCUCCGGCCCCCGAGCCCAAGAAGGAUGUUAAAGGCGCCGCUGGUAAACGCAAGAAUGCCGAUGGCGCCCCCGAGAAGGAGAGCAAGCUCCGCAAGAUAAACGAGACACAAUCAGUCCCCGUUCCGGCGUAUUCGCCUCCGGCGGAUCUGCCCGCCCGAAUCACCGAGCUCCCUGAGGAGCGCCAGGGCCCCGCGAAGGCAAUGUCGAAGUCACUGGUCCACUCGAUCGGCUUGGCAGAGAAGAAGGGUGCCGUUCCCUCCGAUGGCGUGUCCGUUGCCGACCGCGCCGAGCGGUUCGCGAUCCAGAUCGAGCGCGCCGUCCACGACACCCAUCCCACCACAGCCUCGUACGCCAGCCAGAUUCGUACGCUGGCUUUCAAUCUCAAGAGCAACCCGGAGCUUAGCGCCCGGCUGCUUGACCGUACUUUGACUCCACCCAUGCUGGCAUCGAUGUCCACCGAAGAGCUGGCAUCCAAGGAGCUGCAGAAGGAGACGGCCGAGAUGCGGGCGAGGGCGGAAAAGCAGGCCAUCAAGAUCACAGAAGACGGCCCAAGGCUCCGAAGAACCCAUAAGGGAGACGAGGUGGUCGGCGACGACGGUUUUAUCGCGAGCGAUGAAGUUCCUUCGGCGCCAGCCCCCCGGCCAAGCGCCCCUAAGCAGGAGCCCCGCGAAUCGCCCGAGUUCCCGUCCCAAGCCGGCCAUGCCCGUCCCGCUGCCGGCAGCAUGGCUGUCGACACCCAACAGUCUCCGACCAGGGCGGAGUUUGACCUGAACAAGGUCUACUCGACCGUCAAGCCGCCGACGCUCCCUCGGGAACCGGCGCGGGCCUCGUUUUCCGCUGCGCCAGCCGGCGGACCCGGGGUCGAUCCCGAUGUUGACCGGUUGCUCGACGACGGGCCGCAGUCGCCUCCCUAUUCACCGAAAGAGGAGAGCGAUCCGGACGUGGUGUGGCGAGGGAAAGUCAUCAUGAACACCGUUGCCGAAGUGCCCGUUGUCGCCAAGCACAUUGGCGGUGCCAAUCUGAGCGAGACCCUGGGACUUCCGUGGGAGAAGUGGAUGCCCACCAACCUUACCGUUUGCGGGCGCAUAGAAGAGCAACAGGCCAUCGUCUAUCUCUGCAGCCUUCGGUACAGCCUGGCGACUGACAUCAUCGUGGUUAACCUCGAGCCGACCACGCCGGCGGCCAAAUCAGGCAUGCAGAAACUGAUUGACUAUUUCGUCUCCAAGAAGAGGUACGGCGUCGUGGGGGACAAAGGAGUCGCAAAUGUCCGCGAUACAUACCUGGUACCCGUGCUCCCUGGCACCGGGAACCACCCGGAGUUCAUGCUGAACCUGGGGGACAAUUUUAUACCCGAGACGAGGACGGAGCCCAUGAUGCUCUGCGUUUUUGUCUACCGUAACGACCCGGAGACCAUCCAGCGCCUUCACGGCACGACGAGUCUCCAGCACGCGGCGAAGACGCAGCAGGCCAGCGCACAAAACCACGGCCCGGGUUCUGGGUUCGCACAGGCACCGGGCACUCCGACUCCUGGAACCCUGCCCGCCGGGGGCCGGCCGUCGAUCGCGGCGCCAGCUUUCUCUCCAGCCUCUCCGCAGGGAUCGUUCCCGCAGUAUCCCUCGCCGAGGACGGGCGCUCCGAUGCAGCUGCCUCAGCAGUCCCAGCCGCCGCAGGCACCGGCCCCGCAGCCCGUGGGACAGGCUCACAGUUUGGAUGAGCUGCAGCGACGUGGCGAGGCCGUUGCUCGCGAAAUAUUGGGUCAUCUGAUGACCAGCCCCACGGUGGCGUUCCUUCUUCCUCAGGCGCACGCGAUGACACGUAAGGAGUGGGAGGUGAUCAAGAUGAUAUAUGAACGUGACCCCAGGGCGCGUGAUGACCUUCCAUAUCUCAGCAACUGCUUGGAGAAGGAGGGCAACGCUCGGCAGCAGCAGCAACAGCAGCAACAGCAACAGCAGCAGCACCAGCAGCACCAGCAACACCAACAACACCAGCAACCGUAUCUUCAAGCCCAGCCCCAGGCUCCGCCCCAGGCGCCGCCCCAGGCGCCGCCACAGCCGCAUCCGCAUCCGCAGCAACAGCAGCGUCCUCAACCGCAACAGCAGCCGCCCGCCAAGCCCCAUCCUCAACCGCAGCCGCAGUAUCCGGCUCCCGUCCGGACCACCCCGAUCCCCCCGCCGCCGAUCCCGCCCGUGGCCACGGCCGGACCGCCGCGGCAGACUCCCAUCCCUCCACCCCCGAUCCCGCCACGGGCGACAACGAGCACCGGCCCCCCGGCGACGUAGGAAACUGUCCUCCGCGGCGGGAUGGGAGUUGACGGUGACGACGGCAGGGCUCCCGAUACGCCCCCACCGCCCAGUCUGCCGCAGGAAACGGGAUGCCCGCCCCCGGCACCUCCGCCAGAGGCGCCGGCGCCUCCGUCCACCCUUCCGCCUGCUCCUCGGCCUUUACCGCCUAUGCCCGGUCCCCCGCCACGCCGUCCCAUCCCGCCAAUCCCA